AGUGGUGCUGGUGCUGGCCACGGUGCUCACCAGGACCCACAGCCCGUGGGGCAGAGGAAGGGUCAGCUCACCCAGAGAUGGGGCCGAUGCUGCUGUUCGUGCUGCUGCUGCUGGGGCUGAGCCAGGCUGCCCCCCCGGGCCACGAGGUGACGUUCCUGCCCGGGCUGUCCAAGCAGCCCGCCUUCCGGCACUUCUCCGGGUACCUUUGCCCUGCGCCGGGGAAGCGCCUGCACUACUGGUUUGUGGAGGCCCAAAGCAACCCCCAGAGCAGCCCCCUGGUACUGUGGCUGAAUGGGGGCCCCGGCUGCAGCUCCAUGGAGGGGUUCCUGAGGGAGCACGGCCCCUUCCUGAUCCAGCCCGACGGGGUGACACUGAAGUACAACGACUAUGCCUGGAACAAGAUCGCCAACAUACUCUACCUGGAGUCCCCCGUUGGCGUCGGCUUCUCGUACUCUGACGACAAGAAGUAUGCCACGAAUGACACCGAGGUUGCUCACAACAACUACCUGGCACUGAAGGAGUUCCUCCGGCUCUUCCCUGAGUACUCCAAGAACGAUCUCUUCCUCACCGGGGAGAGCUAUGGGGGGGUCUACAUUCCCACGCUGGCUGAGUGGGUGAUGCAGGACCCCAGCCUCAACCUGAAGGGAAUCGCUGUGGGAAACGGCCUCUCUUCUUAUGAGAUCAAUGACAACUCCCUGGUGUACUUUGCCUAUUACCAUGGCCUGCUGGGGACAGAGCUUUGGAAGGACUUGCAGGCCUUCUGCUGCUCCCAAGGGAAGUGCAACUUCCAUGACAACUCUAAUCUGAACUGCACACUCAAGAUGGAGGAGGCGAUUCAGAUCAUAGAGGAAUCCGGCCUCAACAUCUACAACCUCUAUGCCCCGUGUGAUGGUGGCGUCCCUGGGAGCGUGAGGUAUGAGGGUGACUAUCUCAUCACACACGACCUGGGCAACUCCUUCAUCCGGAUGCCAAUGAGGUUCUCCUGGCGGCAGAACCUGUUCCGGAUGCCGUUUGCCCGGAAGAAGGUCCGGAUGGACCCUCCCUGCACCAAUUCCACAGCUCCCAGCAUGUAUCUGAACUCCCCAGAGGUGCGGAAGGCUUUGCACAUCUCUCCCGAGGCCCCAGAGUGGGAGUUGUGCAGCUUCGACGUGAACCGCAAUUACAAGCGCCUCUACAUGCAGAUGAAUGACCAGUACCUGAAGCUGCUCGGAGCCACAAAAUACCGGAUCCUGGUGUACAAUGGGGAUGUCGACAUGGCCUGCAACUUCCUUGGGGAUGAGUGGUUUGUGGACUCCCUGUGCCAGAAGGUGCAGGUGGCUCGUCGGCCCUGGCUCUAUACUGAAAGAGACGAGAACCAGAUCGGGGGCUUUGUGAAGGAAUUCACCAACAUCGCCUUCCUCACUGUCAAGGGUGCCGGACACAUGGUGCCCACAGACCAGCCACUCGCCGCCUUCACCAUGUUCAGCCGCUUCAUUAAGAACGAGCCUUACUAGGAGCUGUAGAGGAGCCCCCGGCGCCCUGGCUGCCCUCACCGCCCGGCCCCUCCUGCACAGCCGGUCCCGCCGCCCCUCGGCGGCGCCCCGGCUCCCCGCGCCGCCCCUGCGGCCGGCAGGGCUCCCAGCUCAGUCCAGCCCUGCGGGACAGUGCCCGGCAGGAUGGGGCUGCCUGUGGGUGAGGGGCAAGGGGUGUCAGGGCUCUGUCCUGGUGGGGCAAGGAGCUGUGCCCCUGCUGCAGCCUCUGCCUGGCUUGUGACUUCCUGCCUGGCCUCCGGCAGCUGCUUCCCCUGGGAAGGAGCAGCUGCCACCACUUCCCCCUGCUCCGCGUGCACCGAGCCGGGCUGCAGGCAGCUGGGUGCUGCUCCUGCGGGGACUUUGCUGCACUCCACACCACUCCCACGCUCGAUCCUGGUGAAGGAGCCUUACUGUGAAGACAAUCCCACCACCUGCUCACUGCCCGGGCCAUGCAGUGCUUCCGGGAGCUUGCAAUAAACGCUCUGAUCAAGGUG